AGCUACCAACCGGGUCGUGGUUAGGUGGUGCCGUGGUGGCAAUAGUCUUGCAUACUAGAUUUAAAGAUAUACUUCUUCUAUAAUGUCUAGAACGUAGACUGUAUAUGAACCCUAACUCCAAGGAUAUAUAUGUCAUACUUGUAUUAUAUUGGUGGAUAAUAGAGAAGAGAUAACCAACGGACAAAAAUAAAAUCUACUUUUUCUUCUGAUAUUUUAUCUAAACACCAAAGAAAUGGGCGGCUUUUGGUUUUUAAAGACUGUUGUUUUUGUUUCUGUCUGUAAAACAUAAAAGAAAAUUUUAUUGCUCUUGAAGAUAUUAAAAAUCAGACAAGCUGUUCAAGAAAAAUAUUAUUCUGUUGAAUAAAGUAAACUGAUGGGGAAGAGAAGGUUUCAGAAAGCAAAGGAAACGUCGUCAGUAGCAGAAGCUUCAUCUCCGACGGAGUCUCAGGCUACAAGGAGACGAAGAGGAAGGCCAAGGAAGAAUCUUGAGAACCCAGAAGAUUUCAAGAAGGAAGAAUCUGAGGAAGACGAGGAUUACGAAGAGUACGAGGACGAAGAAGAAGAAGACGAAGAAGCUGAGGUGGUUAUUAACAGAGAGAAGCUGAAGAAGAAAGUUAGGAGCAGUAGUGGUAGUAUGGAAAAGGAGCAAAAGAUGAAACAUGAAGAGUUAGAGGAGGAGGAGAAGCCGGAGAUGACGGUCAAGGUAGUGGUUCCACCGCCGUCGUCUAGACGGUCGAGGAGGAAAAGCACGCCGGUGAAGAGCUGGUAAACUUUAAUUACCGUAUCAUUAAUUAAUGGAGUUUUUGUUUUUGUGUGUGUUUUUGGAUUUAACUAUUGUUGGAUUAUAAAUUAAUUGAAACUCUCAUGGGAAGAAAAAAAAACAAUUGAUUUUUGGAUUUGUUAGUUCAAAACAAGAAACAAAUCUUGUUGAUCUUAGUGUUAUUUUGGUGCAUCAAAAUAACUUUAAAACAUAUAUGAUGGUGAAGACUAAAUUAAAUGAAUUGUUUCAUGAGAAAGCUGUUUAGGGUUAUUGUUUUAGUUGUAGUAGGUUGUUUAAUUUAUUGGUUGCGUAGUUGAUGGAUGGUUACGUCCCUUUCGAAUUUUUAUACGAUAAAUGAUAAAAGGUACCAUCGCACAUGGUGGAACGG